AUGAGCAAACGACAGCGGCCAUGCGACUUGUGUCGAUCGCGAAAAACAGCAUGCCGAAUUGAUCAGGCUCCCCCUUGCCGUUUGUGUGUUUUGCAUGGUCGAGAGUGCACGUUUGUCGAAGCUGCUGUUCCUCGAAAGCGACCACACCUCUUGGAUGGUCUAGGGGUGCAUGACGGAGUCACCACUCAAAGCUUGUCACUACAAAGUGAGCAGGCUAACUCGCCAAACUCAAUGAAUGUCCUUCCGAGCCUUAUCGGAGAAACUACACCUGGUGAUACCACCAUGAACUUUGCUGGGGAUUUCAACUUCGAUACGACGCAAUCUGAGUUCGAGGCCAUGUUUCGCAGCCCACGCUUACCUAGCACACCUUCUGUGGCGGGUACUCCAGAAACAUCAAUACGCAAAGCUGCAGUGCAGUCGCCAAAGAUCGACUAUCUCACUGGUGCAAACCCACAACUGCUGGGUCUCAGCAGUGACAUGGAUCCCAUUCUUCUUCGCUCUUAUCGUUAUGACGAGGAAGGCAUGUUCGGAUUCAAGGAGCUUGCCAUUUCUUCGGUUCAGGACAGACCAAUGCCGUGCCAAUUUCUCAUUUCGCAACAAUCAUUAUUUUCUCGGAGCAGAGAAGAAGCCGGUUUGGGUAAGCUUCUAGAGGCAGAGCUGAAACGGGAGCUUGAGAAAAUCGUUCCCAUCGAGGUUGGAAAGCGCCUCAUUAUACUCUUUUUGAAGUUUAUCAAUCCUCAGUGGCCUAUAUUUUCACUCUCUCAGUCUCUGGAUAUCUACUCAACACCCUCACAUACUCUCGCUGCUGUCUAUGCUCUGUCACUCCCUUUUGCGAUCCAUGACGACAAGUUGAGUGUGGAUGUUGCAUAUGAUAAGCCCCCAUAUCCUGCACUUUCAAACAUAAUCGAAAAGGCCGUCACAUAUGAAAUACAUUCCCCAAGCAUGUUUUUGAUUCAGAUACUGCUCCUAUUGGUGUUGCGGCCAUCACUUGAUCCCCUUGUCGGAGACGCAGCCUACAGAUGGGACUUGCUGAGUAGGCUAACUUCGUGCGCUGCCACACUUGGUCUUCACCUUGAUCCAUCCACAUGGCCGCUAGAAGUAUGGCAGAAGGCUCAACGCCGAAGACUUUCUUUCUUUAUCUACACUCUUGAUAAAUGGCUGGCCUGUGGUCUUGGAAGACCGCCCCUGAUUCACAACGACAACUGGAUUGUCACAUCCUUGGAGCCAGAGGAUUUUGAUGAUUCGAGUCUUGAAUGGACACAAAUCAAUAUCCUUUCAGCCACAGUGAACCGCCUAGGACAGCUAUAUGUGCAAUUGAUCAUUCUUCGAGCCGAAUUGCGAACUUCAUUGCCAGACCACGACGGGGAUAGCCUUUCAAGCCAUGUUCAGACCUUGAGAAAAAGCUUGAAAGAUUGCUUAGCCGCCCUCUCUGAUAUCAUUCGGACUUUGAGCCCAGAUACCGACAGUGUUUUCUGGCCUCCAUGGGCACAAUACGCAUUCUCUUCGGUCUGUUUCACUCUAAUGACAAUGGUCGUAACGUCUCCAAAUGUUGAGGAAGCUUCCUCGUGGAUUAGUGAGCUGCAAUCAACUCGAAAAAGCCUCAGGCUGAAGGUGGCCUCAUUUCCCUUUCUCCGUCUAGGUCUUCUCCGGAUUGAUGCGAUUUUCUGGCGUGGUAUCUCCAGUGUUCUUCAUCUGGAGCCACAUGUUUCAGACGCAUUCCAAGCCAUGGAGUUGACAUGA